GGGGCGUCCCGACCCUUCCCGCCCUCCGCCCCGCCAUUAACGGCGGCUCCGCGUCGGUCCGUCUGGCCCCUCCUCAUUCUUCUCCUCCUCCUCCUCCUACUUCUCCACCCGAUGUGGGUAACCUGCUGAGGAAGUUAUGACUAUCUUCUGUGGUCUAAAGCUGCUAGGAAGGAACUGUUUUUUUUUUCAUUUGGCUUCUUUGACCAAGCAUGGGAAAUGCAAUAAUCUCUCAAGAUCUUGUGCAGGAUAUUGCCACACUCAACUCAGUUGUAGACAUUAUAGAUCCCAAAGGCUGGGUGUGAGUGGAAAUACUAAUAACUGUUUCUUAACUGGAAGUUUUGACUCUGGUAGAAACUUAAUUUGCACAGGACUGAGAGGUCCUCUGAAUGCCCCAAAUACAGAAGUAUACAAGAAUGCACACUGCAGCUGGGGGAGGUUCUUCUCCCAGUAUUAUUGGCCAUUGGGAGAGAAGACCACAUGUCUCCAGAUUGGUUCUGUUGGGCGACUCCCACAUCAGUUUUCUGCUUGGAAUACUCAGAUCACCUCCUCUUUUCACACAUCACCAUUAUAUCAGGCUGCACCAAUCUUUUGGAUUAUUGUUAAGCCAGCUCAAAAAUUACUCGCUAUCAUUCUUGGCAGGAGCAUAAGAAAGUGGUGGAGGACACUUCCUCCAAAUAAACGGGAACUUCUUAAAGAAAGUGCAAGGAGAAAUAAAUGGAAGAUACUCUUGGGUGUCAGUGUCUUAGGAGUUUUGUUUGUCGUGUUUUAUUUUACUCACUUGGAGGAGACACCCAUCACUGGGCGUGCUCGGCUGCUGGUGUUUGGAAAAGAGCAUUUUAGGGAACUGUCACAGAUGGAAUAUGAAAUGUGGAUGGAGGAAUUCAAAGGUAAAAUGUUGCCAGAGACAGAUGAACGUUAUCGGGCUGUGGAGGUGCUUUUUGAUCAUUUAUCUGAAAGCAAUAAGGACAUCCCACAGAUCUCAGCCCUCAAGUGGGUUAUCCAUGUGGUAGAUGAACCAGAUGUAAAUGCUUUUGUGUUGCCAAAUGGUCAAGUGUUUGUUUUCACUGGGCUGCUAAAUGCAGUUUCUGAUAUUCAUCAACUGUCUUUCAUUUUUGGACAUGAAAUAGCUCAUGCUGUGUUAGAACAUGCAGCAGAGAAAGCCAGCAUGGUUCACUUCUUAGAUUUCCUGUCACUCAUCUUUCUCACUAUGAUUUGGGCCAUCUGUCCCCGUGAUAGUUUGGCUAUUGUUGGCCAGUGGAUUCAGAGCAAGCUGAAGGAGUUCAUGUUUGAUAGACCAUACAGCAGAACAUUGGAGGCUGAAGCUGAUAAAGUGGGACUUCAGUUUGCAGCAAAGGCUUGUGUGGACGUACGAGCCAGCAGUGUAUUUUGGCAACAAAUGGAAUUAGCAGAAACCAUGCAGGGGGUGCCCAAGUUACCAGAGUGGCUCUCCACACACCCUUCCCAUGAGAACAGAGCUGAGCACUUGGACCGCCUUAUCCCUGAGGCUCUUAAAAUAAGAGAGAGCUGCAACUGUCCAUCUCUUUCUGGACCAGAUCCUCGCCUCAUUUUCAAACUUGCCAGGCAAGAUAUGCUGAAAACACCUAAAGAUCAAGAAACCCCAAAUUCUACAAAACAAGAGCUCUCAAAACCAAAACUGGAUUUUCCUCACGCUCAGAAAGUGGAAGAUAUGCCAGUAACUUUUGCAGUUAAACCUACCAACUCAUGAUAAGAGUUUUCACUUUUUGUGAAACUUAUGGUCCCUGAAGGUCUGUCUUAUAACACAGAUGUGUCUCUGAACCAUAAAGAAGAUGUAGCCACUCAUAUUCUGUUUAUCUUCUUUGUGCUACCUAACUCAAAGCAAAAAGGAACCAUGCCCACACAAGAAGGGCAAUGUGUUGGAGCAGAAAGUUUCUUAUUCAUCAAGAGUUACUAAAAUAAAUCACUUCUCAGGGGAAAGAUAAUCUCAUACAAUCGAGUUGCACAGUGUAAUUUUCAGCUUUAUCAGGCUCACCUUGAUCAGAGGACAGAUGAGCCAGAAGUGUCCCCAAAGCAGAAGAAAAAGAACAAUUUUCAUCAGUUAAGUUGUGUGGUUUGUCUUGCUGUAAUUUGGGUUAGAUCUGCCCAGCUUCAUUUGAGAAAUAAUGAGGAGAGCUUGCUGCCUCUUCUACAUAUAGAAUGUUUAAAAAUAUUAAGCUGAGAUGCAGUAAUAGCCUAUGGGCUAGAUACACCCCCACUUAAUUAGGUAGAUUUACUGCUGGGAUUUUUCUUCUUUCUAGGGCAUUUUGGAAUAUGGAUUGAUUCAACAUUUUUCCUCAAAGCAACCUGAAAAGGUUGUACAAAGUUCAUUUUAAAAAGGAGGUAAAUAAUUUUCAAGGAAGUCUUUCUUCUGAAUGAAAUGGUGUAUAAGAACCAGUCUGUAGCACUGGAAUGCCUUGUGAACAUGGCUCUUAUCUUCUUUAAAUGACCAGUGUGCCUCAUCAGAGGGCAGUUUUACUGCAGUGACAUUUGAUUUGGAUAUAUAUAUAUAUAUCUCCAUUUGGAUAGAAGUGAUUGCUGAUGUGGAAAUAUAUGACACAGCAAACAAAUACAACAGGCUUUCUUGACUGCACAGCUUGUGCAGCUGUACCUUAUCCUACAAGGUGACUUUUCUUCAGGAAACUGGCAUCUAAUGCUGAGCAUCCCCCCCUGGCCCCAAUCCUUUAUACCCUGGAGACCAAUAUGCACAAUAUAGGUAAAGCUCUGCCUUUCACAAUGGACUAUUCAGCAGAGCCAGCAUGUUCAUCUUUAUUUCCAACUCUUUGAGUUAUCCUUGCUCUGCAGUUGAUUAAAAUAUUGAAAAGUCAAUCUUGCAGGAAGACACAGGAAGAGGCAGCAGUGAAUGAAAAUAAAAAAGGCAAAUCCUGUUCCUUGAUCUGUUAAGGUGCAUUUGCUAUUAGUUGGUUUUUUUUUUAAUACUUGUUUUAAAACAACUCUUGCACGUGUGGUAGGAUUUUACAUGAAGGGGACAUCCAAAAUAUUUUACAAUGUGUUGCAUUUUGAAGGAAUCUUUUUAUAUGUGAAGAGGGGCAGACUUGAUCAGAUUUCUUCAUUAAAAUCAGAAUGGAAGCUUCUAAGAAGGAAAAAAAACCCAGAAACAAUUCAGUGCUCUUAGUGAAUCUAGUUGACAAACAAGAUUGUGAAACAAGUAUUUCUUUUACUGACUUCAGUCAACAACCCAGGGUCCUUUGAGAAACACCAGCAACUCCCUAACUUAACUCUUUACAGAGGUUGAUGUAUCUGUGAUGUUGAUGAUUUUAGAUCUGAUUAGAGGGGUCUGGAUUGGCUGCAUAUUGCUUACAAGCUGUUUUUAAAUUGCCAGUAAUCCUGGCAAGAGGCAGAAGGUCCAGCCUGGCCAUUAUUCAUCCAUCUCUUUUUAUUCUUAGUGACAGGAGUUUUUGUAGCAGACAUUCAGUGAUGUGUUGAAGCAUUUGGACAUUGUCACCUGAAGGUAAACAGAAAAAUACACCCUUUAGAUUUCCCUCUGGGCUUUAUAGUUUAUACUGCAGCACCAAGACCCCAACACUGCUUCCUCUCUCUCACUCCAGUGUCAAAACUUGUUUUGUUAUCCAGGGCUCCUGCUUGACAUGAGACUUGAUGUUUGUGUCUGUUAGGGCUAUGGAGGACAUAGAGGGAUUUUUAUAGCAUUCAAGAUGAAGUCUGAAACUACACAAGAGUCAUGUUUCUUCUGUCUGUUUUAAGUGGCUUAAGUAUUGCAGUGGAAUGCUGGAGGUAGAAUUUUUUAAGUUCAACAAGGGACAGUUAUUUAAUUUGUAUAUAACCAGUCAUGUAGCCAUGAUCAUGGUGAUGUUCUAAUAAGACAUCACUGUCCUUACAAGCCUCCUAUAUGCAUACAUUUAUAUACUUAUGUGUGUGUAUAUAUAUAUAUAUA